AUGACCACGCAUCAAUCACAGAACAAUAACUCAAGAUUCAAACACUCUGGUAGUACUAACCUGAAAAAUGGAAGUAACUCACAUAAAUGGAUCAAUCAACUACGAACAUUACCAUCAAAUCCACAAUCAAAAGACUUUCUCAAACUAGAAUAUCUCGACGUGAACUUGAACAAUUCUCGAAAAUUGAUCACCAAUUUGAACGCACUAACUAAAGAGACUAGUGACUAUGUCAAGAACGUGGACUUGCAAGUGAAUGGCAACUUGGUUCAGUUAAACCAAGUGGAAAAAGAACUAGCCUGGUUAGAUUGA